AUGGCAGUAAAGCGAGGGGCAGAAAUGCAGAGAGAUCAGCAGUAUGUCCAUCACACUCCCUUAAGCGCUUCAAGGGUGAGGGUGUUGGAGGAGGCUUUGAGGGCCAAUCUGCUAUCGGUUGCACGGUCCCCCACUCCACGAGGGGUUGAUGAAAGCAAGCAUUGCCGAUAUCAUCAGAACAUGGGGCAUUCCACCGAGGAUUGUGUCACACUUAAGGAUAAGCUGAAGAGCUUGGUGCAGGCUGGGCAUCUGAGAGAAUUUGUUCAGAGAAUGAAUUCUCGUCCUAGUGGACGUCAGGGGGGUCAAGGAAAUCGUCAACCGGCCGUGCGGAGAGAGCCGUUGACUACCGAACGACAGGAGGAUGAUGAGAGUAGGGAGAGGCCCCUGAGAGGGGUUAUUAACACUAUUUCGGGAGGUUUUGCGGGAGGAGGACCGUCCUCGGCCGCACGGAAGAGGAAUUUGAGGAACUUCCACAGCGUUAAUGGGGUAGGAGUGGCACGAAGAACUAUGCCCACCAUAAUUGUUAGUCGACCAGGGAGUUCGGCUAAUAUUUUAUACUGGAAAACAUUUCAGCAGAUGGAUAUACCGGACGGGUCGAUAAUGCCGUUCAGUGAACAGAUUUUGGGGUUCGCAGGGGAGCGGGUAGACACAAGGGGGUAUGUGGAUUUGAAGGUAUGCUUGGGAACGGACGUCGGGGCUAAGGAGCUAAAGGUACGAUUCCUGUUGGUGGAAGCUGAAACUUCGUACAAUGUGUUGUUGGGACGACCUUGCUUGAAUGCGUUCGGGGCAAUAGUAUCUACUCCUCAUCUGACGAUGAAGUACCCUGCGGAUGACGGGACAGUUUGGGUUGUGAGAGUUGAUCAAAAGGUGGCCAGGGAGUGCUAUGUGGCAGGUCUGAAGGUAAAACCGCCUGGCCACCGACCGGUCGAGACACGAUCUGAGGUAGCUAUGGCUGAACUGGAUCCCAGAGAGGAUACGGAUGAUCGGGUAGAGCCGAUGGGGGAAGUUCAGACUUUUCCACUUGAAGGGGAUGACCGGGCAACAAUGGUAGGCAAGGAGCUGCAACAAGGUGAGCUACAGCAAUUGGGAUGUUUGCUUGUUAAAAACAGAGAUUUUUUCGCAUGGACAGCAUCAGAUAUGCCAGGAAUUCACCCUGACAUUAUUUCCCAUAAGUUGUCCAUAUUCCGGGAAGGCCGACCGGUAUCCCAGAAGAAAAGACGGUUAGGUGUGGAGAAAAGGAGGGCGGCGAAUGAAGAAGUAGGAAAAUUAAUUGAAGCUGGAUUUAUAAGAGAAGUAAAGUACACAACUUGGUUGACUAACGUUGUUAUGGUAAAGAAGUCUAGUGGCAAAUGGAGGAUGUGUACGGACUUUACAGAUUUGAAUAAAGCUUGCCCGAAGGAUACUUACCCAUUACCGAACAUUGACGCACUCGUGGACGGGGUUUCCGGUUAUGAGGUGAUGAGUUUUUUAGACGCAUAUUCGGGAUACAACCAAAUACCCAUGUACCGUCCGGAUAGCGAGAAGACUGCUUUCAUCACCGAGCGGGGAACUUAUUGUUAUGAGGUGAUGCCCUUUGGCUUGAAGAACGCGGGGGCUACUUAUCAGAGGCUCAUGGACAAGGUUUUCCAGCAGCAAAUCGGGAAGUGUAUGGAAGUUUAUGUGGAUGAUAUGGUGGUGAGGAGCCGGUCGGUGGAGGAACACCGAAAAGACUUGGCGGAGGUUCUGGGGCAGGUCAGGAGGUUCGAAAUGUGUCUCAAUCCUGUUAAGUGCACUUUUGGGGUACGGGCCGGGAAGUUUUUAGGGUUUAUGUUGACAUCACGGGGCAUUGAGGCUAACCCUGAUAAGUGCAUGGCAGUCUUGGAGAUGAGAAGCCCCCGAACGGUGAAGGAAGUCCAGAGGUUGGUUGGGCGUUUAACCUCGUUAUCUCGGUUUAUCCCACACUUAGCCGAACGCAUAAAGUCGAUAUUGAAAGCAAUGAAGAAGGCAGCUAAGGAGUGUUGGGAUGAGCGGAGUGAAGAAGCCUUUGGGCAAGUAAAGGCGAUUCUCACGCAACCACCGGCGAUGGGCCGACCGGAGAUGGGCCAUGACUUAUAGGUCUUUUUAGCAACAACGGAAGAAGCUA